ACUUUGACACAAAUACGCCAAAGAUGAUGACGUGUGGGAAAUAAAUAAAGCAACCUAAAACAGUUAUUUUAAAACCUGUAUUAAAGAACCAUAAAUGAAACCUGGGAACAAAACAGAAAACUAAGCCGGAUGUGCGUGUCAGUGGGAAAACAUUCAGAGUUACUUAAAGCAGCAGCUGCGGAACGUCGUUGAGACGUAAAGUCGAAAGUGACAGCAGAGUUUUUUCCCCCCAAGGCGUUUCUGAUUCUGUAGAAAGCCGCAGUCAGCAGAAUCUUCCGGACUCUGACCCGAAACGUUGGACUUCACCUGCAGUCCAGCUGAGCUCGGUGUUUCCGUGAGACCCCCCGCGGUGAGACAUGAAGCGGAGACUCCUGCUGGUGUCCAACUCCACGCUGCACGGCAGCGGCUACCUGGACCACUGCCAGCAGCACAUCUCCGGCUUCUUUGGAAAGAAUGUGGCCAGAGUGCUGUUUGUUCCCUACGCCCUCCAUGACAGAGAUGCCUACACAACAACUGCCAGGAACAAGUUCAGAUCCUUAGGUUAUGAGGUCGACGGCAUCCACGAGGCUGCAGACCCCGUCGAAGCCGUCCGGAAGGCAGAAGGCAUUUUUAUUGGAGGAGGCAACACUUUCCGGCUGCUGAAGAGCCUUUACGACAACAACGUGGUGACGGAGAUCAGGAAGAGAGUCCUGGAGGACGGCGUCCCGUACAUGGGCUCCAGCGCCGGAACCAACGUGGCGACCAUCAGCAUCAGCACCACCAAUGACAUGCCCAUCGUUUUCCCGCCGACCUUCGAUGCCAUCGGCCUGGUCCCCUUCAACAUCAACCCGCACUACCUGGACCCCGACCCCAACAGCCGCCACAUGGGGGAGACCAGGGAGCAGAGGAUAACCCAGUACCAUGAAGAACCCAACACUCCGAGUGUCCUGGGACUGAGGGAAGGCUCCCUGCUGCUGGUAGAAGGAGACAAAGCCACGCUGCUGGGAACGACAAAGGCCCGGCUCUUCACCAGUGGGAAGCCCUCGGCGGAGUUCGAUCCCGGCAGCGACCUCAGCUUCCUGCUGACGGACGCGCAGUGAGACGUUAAAGAGGAACGGAAACCACACAGAAUAAAAAUCUGAAGCAAACAA